AAGUUUGUUGAACUGUAGCAGAAAUCAUGUGGCUUGGUCUACAGUAGUAGACAUGUUUUUCUGCAUCUCUCUCCUUGUACUUUCUGUCCUCCCUUUGUGUGGGGCUUUGGGGAGUGGUAUUAUUGGAGGAAAUGAAGUGAAAGCGCACUCCCGACCUUACAUGGUGUCUGUUCAGAUUAAUAAAAAACACAAGUGUGGUGGUAUGCUUAUUCGAAAUGAUUAUGUGCUGACUGCAGCCCAUUGUGUAGAUGACAUUGAAUACUAUGGAAAAGACAAGUUGGAAGUGGUACUGGGAGCUCACAACAUCAGUAAAAAUGAGUCCCAACAGCAGAGAAUCCAAGUGCAGAAAUGUUUCAAGCAUCCCUGUUACAAGAGGAAAGAACGUCCUAAUGAUAUCAUGCUACUGAUGCUGAAGUCCAAAGCCAAGCUGAACAAAUUUGUACAGAUCAUUCAGCUUCCUAAGAAGAAUGAGAAACUUCCAGCCAAUCAGAUAUGUUCAAUAGCUGGCUGGGGCAGAACAAGUCAGAACAGUGCCGCAACAGAUGUCCUACGAGAGGUGAUGCUCAAAGUACAGUUUAACAUUGAGUGCAAAUAUAUAUGGAAGGACAGAUUUGACAGUGAUAGCAUGAUCUGCACUGCUGCUGAUGGGAAAAAAGGUUUUUGUCAGGGUGAUUCAGGGAGUCCUCUUAUCUGUGGCAGUAUAGCAGAAGGAAUCGCUGCAUAUACCUUCCGUGAAAACUGCGUAGACCGCAAACAUCCAGAGGUGUAUAUGAAAAUCCCUUACUUUACACCAUGGAUAAAACAAGUAAUACGCUAGAAAGUGAAGUAACCACAAUCAAAUAAAAUAUACAUUGCAUAUGAAAUAAGUGUCGUCCUCUCUA